AUGGCUUCCAAUAUUGAAGACACACUGAUGAAACUAGACAGACUUCACAGUGUGGACUACAAAAAUGAUGAAGUGCGACUGAUAAAAUCUAAAAUAGAGGGAAUCGUUCAUCAGAUUUCAAAUAGGAUAGGGGAACUGAAUCCCAUCCUUUCUAACUCUGUUGUCCAUUGUGGUAGUUUUUAUCACAACAGUAAAAUCAAUGCACCAGAUGAAUUUGAUUUCCUGUUGGUUUUAAACAAGUUUUCUCACCCAGGUGUGUGCUCUUGUAAGCCAUUUGAAGAUCCAGAGUACACACAUUUGGUUUCUCUAGAGAUCGACGACACAAAAUUGAAUUGGAAUCCGCAAAGUGUUUUGGAAUCGGAUGAUGAUGCUGCCAAUAAACAGACACUAUUACAAGCAACAAUUGACAGUGAAUACCGUGAUGCUGUUUGCAGUUGCUUAGCAACAAUGUCAUUGUCAGAUGGCAUCUCACUUACCACAUCUCAAAAAUCUGUAAGAAGGACACUCGAAGGAGGGGAAGAAUUUCUGGCCAGCUUUAAGUUCUCUGGACCAGCUCUUACACUGUUACUCAACUGGAAAGGAGUAUACUACCCUAACCUUAACAUAUCCGUUGAUGUGACCUACGUAAUUGCUAUGAGGGGCCUACCAUCAUUUUGCAAUCUUGACAAACGAUUACCAAGGGAACAUCCAACAGUAAAAUCUGGUUUAUGUGCUGAUGCCAGUCAUGAAUUGUUGUAUUGUCGCCUGUUAGAUGACACAUGGAAGCAAACAUGUAGUGUUCUAGAAAAUAAGAUCAUCUGUUUUUGGUUCAAAGAGAGUGAUGCAAGCAAUGUGUGCUACAGGCUGCUGAAAAUAAUCCGCAAUCUUGUCACACCAGUCGACCAGCUUGGAGAUGCAUUUUUAAAAACAUAUGCCUUGAAAACUUUAUUUCUUUAUGAAUGUGAACAAUUCCCGGAUUCAAAGUUUUGGAGGACAGAUGAACUAUCAACACAUCUUUUAACAAUCUUUCAAAAGCUUUUGUCUGCAAUUCAAAACAGGUUCCUUCCCAAUUAUUUUAACAAGAAUCAAAAUGCUUUGUCCUAUCCUUUAGAUUCUCGACCUGAAGAUGAAAAUGAAGAGGGAGAAAACAAAUUUAUCAGCAGUGUAUAUGAAGCCAUGUGUAAAACAAUAGAAGAUAUAAUAAGUUCACUGGAAAAUGGACUAGCUAGUGAACAAGCAUUGAAGAUUUAUUUUGAGCCAGGGCAGAAAAUUGUUAUUAAAGAUCCUGAUAUACGGGAUGCCUUGGAGAAAGAAAAUUAA